GACCAUGACUUCAGCAUGCGGCCAGGCUUUGGAGGCCCUUCAAUUCCUGUUGGAGUUGAUGUACAAGUUGAAAGUCUGGACAGCAUUUCAGAGGUUGACAUGGAUUUCACCAUGACGCUUUACCUGAGACAUUACUGGAAAGAUGAAAGAUUGUCAUUUCCAAGUACCAAUAACCAAAGUAUGACCUUUGAUGGCAGGCUUGUGAAAAAGAUCUGGGUGCCUGACAUGUUCUUUGUCCAUUCAAAGCGCUCCUUUAUCCAUGACACAACGACAGAUAAUGUUAUGCUUCGAGUACAGCCAGAUGGGCAAGUGCUUUACAGCUUGAGGGUCACUGUAACAGCAAUGUGUAACAUGGAUUUCAGUCGUUUUCCCCUUGACACACAGACAUGUUCCCUGGAAAUUGAAAGCUAUGCUUAUACUGAAGAUGAUCUCAUGCUGUACUGGAAGAAUGGGAAUGAAUCCUUGAAAACAGAUGAUAGAAUAUCAUUAUCUCAGUUCCUUAUACAAGAGUUUCACACCACCACCAAACUUGCUUUUUAUAGUAGCACAGGUUGGUAUAACCGUCUCUUCAUCAACUUCACAUUACGACGACAUAUCUUCUUCUUCUUGCUUCAGACCUAUUUCCCUGCCACUCUGAUGGUCAUGUUGUCUUGGGUUUCUUUUUGGAUAGACCGCCGUGCUGUGCCUGCAAGAGUUCCCUUAGGUAUCACGACGGUACUGACCAUGUCUACCAUCAUCACUGGUGUCAAUGCCUCCAUGCCUCGAGUUUCCUACAUCAAAGCUGUGGACAUUUACCUCUGGGUCAGUUUUGUAUUUGUCUUCCUCUCAGUAUUAGAGUAUGCUGCAGUGAACUACCUGACCACGGUGCAAGAGAGAAAAGAACGGAAGCAAUGUGAGAAGCUUUCUUGUGCUUCCGCAAUCCCACAGCCAAAGCAAAUGACAGGGAUGGAAGGCAGCUACAGUGAUGGAGAAGUAAAUGAAUUAGGGCAAUAUGUGUCUGAAAAUGGAGGCAAAGAAGACAGAAUGAUGGUCCAGUUGGGUCUUGGAUCAGAAGGAAAUUCAAAUAGGAGGAAAAUCCAGAGGUAUAGCAGCAUGAGAAUCGACACUCAUGCGAUUGACAAGUAUUCCAGAAUAAUAUUUCCAGGAUCAUACAUUUUAUUUAAUUUGAUAUACUGGUCCAUUUUUUCAUAG